GCUCUUGGUGACGCCCGGUGGCUGCUGUGGGGUCUGGGGCUCAGGCAGGGGCCAUUUUGCUAAAGCCUGCCUCCUAGAGUCGGAGGCGGACUGGCAGCUGACUGAAGCUGUUCCUUUUCCUCCUCUACAACGUGCGACCUGGAGAGGCACUGCCAGGCUGGGAGACGAAGACUGAGCGCCUUUCGGAGACGGCCAUGGUUCCCUCCAGCCACCGCUACCUGAGGACCCUCCAUGGCGGCCGCCUCUUCCGAGCUGCUUCUCCUGCCGCUCCUUCCCACCCCCUUCGCCUGUCCCCUCCAGAGCCUCAGUCGUCCUUCCGCCCCAGAGACUGAUGGUACUCGAGCUGGGGGCAUCAUGAGAGGAGAGAAACACUUCUACUGCCGCGGAGCUGCCGGGGACCACGGUUCCUGCCCCCCGACCCCUUCCACUCUGGCCUCGACCCUCUUGUUGCCGGCGGAGCCCGUCACUAGUAGCUGGUCUGGACCUGGCGGUGGUUUGUCAGGGGGCGACGAGGAGGAGACCCGGCUCCUUCAACUCUUGCGCACGGUACCGGAACCUUCCGAGGCCUUCCAGGCUCUGCAAGCUGCUUUGCCCCGGCGGGGCGGCCGACUCGGCUUUCCCCGACGCAAAGAAGCGUUGUAUCGGGCCUUGGGCCGCGUGCUGGUGGAAGGAGGUGGAGACGAGAAGCGACUCUGCUUGCAACUUCUCUCCGACGUUCUCCGGGGUCAGGGGGAGGCCGGCCAGCUAGAGGAGGCCUUUAGCUUAGCACUUCUGCCUCAACUGGUCGUCUCCUUGAGAGAAGACAUCCCAGCCCUGCGGAAAGAUGCGCUGCAGAUCCUACACAUCUGUCUGAAACGUAGUUCUGCACAGGUGCUGAGCACGCUUAUACAACAAGGUCUAGAAAGUAGCGAUGCCAGGCUUAGAGUUUCUACUGCACUCCUCCUCCCUAUCUUGCUGACUCCUGAGGAUUUUUUGCUGGGCUUGGAUCUCACCGAGGUGGUAAUUUCUCUAGCCCGAAAGCUCGGCAGUCAGGAGAUAGAAGAUGAAUCUGAGACCGCCUUCUCCGCACUUCAACAAAUCGGGGAGCGACUUGGACAAGAAAGGUUUCAAUCCUAUAUUUCUCGGCUGCCAUCUGCUCUGAGGAGACAGUACAAUCGCCGCCUGGAGUCCCAGUUUGGAAGUCAAGUUCCUUAUUAUUUGGAAUUAGAAGCCUCCGGAUUUCCUGAGGAUCCUGCCCCCUCUGCGUUGACUCUCUCCAAUAGCAAUCUUAAAUUUGGGAUUAUUCCGCAGGAGCUGCAUGCAAGAUUGUUGGAUCAGGAAGACUACAAGAACCGGACUCAGGCUGUUGAAGAACUAAAACAGGUGCUGGGAAAAUUUAACCCUAGUUCUACCCCUCAUUCUAGUCUUGUUGGUUUCAUCAGCUUGUUGUAUAAUUUGUUAGAUGACUCUAACUUCAAAGUGGUCCACGGCACACUUCAAGUUCUGCAUUUACUGGUGGUUCGCCUUGGAGGACAAGUACAACAGUUCUUGGGGCCAGUUAUAGCAGCUUCUGUCAAAGUGCUGGCAGACAACAAGUUGGUGAUCAAACAGGAAUAUAUGAAGAUCUUCCUCAAGCUAAUGAAGGAAGUAGGUCCGCAACAGGUGCUUUGUUUACUGCUGGAACAUCUUAAACACAAGCAUUCCAGAGUAAGAGAGGAGGUGGUGAACAUUUGCAUCUGCUCUCUCCUGACUUAUCCCAGUGAGGAUUUUGACUUAUCCAAACUAUCCUUUGUUCUUGCCCCAGCUCUUGUAGAUAGCAAACGCAGGGUACGCCAAGCAGCUCUAGAAGCUUUUGCAGUGUUGGCAUCAUCAAUGGGCUCAAGUAAAACCAGCAUCCUUUUUAAAGCUGUAGAUACUGUUGAAUUGCAAGAUAAUGGAGAUGGAGUGAUGAAUGCUGUGCAGGCCAGAUUGGCUAGGAAAACCCUACCAAAGCUAACAGAACAAGGAUUUGUAGAGUAUGCAAUACUCAUGCCAUCUUCUGCUCAGGGGAGGUCAAGCCAUUUGUCACAUGGAGCAGAUACAGACUGGCUUUUGUCUGGUAACAGAACUCAGAGUGCACACUGCCACUGCGGUGACCACACGAGGGACAAUAUGCAAAUGUAUGGCUCUUAUAGUCCAACUAUCUUUACCCGACGGGUAUUAAGUGCAGGAAAAGGAAAAAAUAAAUUACCAUGGGAAAAUGAGCAACAUGGGGUCGUUGGAAACAACCAAACUUCCAGUUCCAACGAUACAGAGCAGUUUUCAGCCUAUGAUCACAUUCAAUCUCCAAAAGUAAAGUUUUCUCAAGAAAUGCCAGUCAAUGAUGACGUAUGUUUCAGUAGAAAAAGAGUAUCAAGAAAUUUAUUUCAGAGUAAUCGAGAUUGUAAUCCAGAUUCCCUUGCUAUAUGUGCUGUUGAAGGUGCUACUGGAACUCAUCAGGCCAAUCAUACUGGGAAAUGUGGGCAGUUUGGAUUUUCACAGAUAUGUGGUAAAACUGGCAGUGUGGAUUCUGACUUACAGUUCUUAGGGACAAAUAACAGUCCUCAAGAUAAAGGAUAUUCUAGCCUAAAUUUCAGUAGUAAGACACAGCCAACAUUUGGUAAUCAAGUAGAACAUACCUCAUUAUUCUCUGGCUCAAAUCCAAAUCCAGGAGCCUUUAUUCUUCCAUACUAUCCUCUCUCAUCACCUCGAGCUAGUCCAAAGCACACAUCUCCACUUAAUGUAUCUCCAAAGAAGUCUCAAGAUAAUUCCAUUAGUAUCUCAAAUUCCUGGCCUCUUAAAAGUUUUGAAGGACCAUCAAAGCCAAGUCCACAGAAAAAACUUGUCAGCCCCAACUCAUCUGAACCUACAGGAGAAAAUUAUCAAGAAAAGCCUUCUCCAGUUCAACUUACACCUGCCUUGGUGAGAUCACCAUCUUCCCGAAGAGGCCUCAAUGGGACAAAGCCUGUCCCUCCCAUACCAAGGGGAAUCAGCCUUUUGCCUGAUAAAGCUGACUUAAGCACAGUGGGACAAAAAAAGAAAGAGCCUGAUGAUAUUUGGAAGAGUGAAAAAGAUAAUUUUAUAAUUGACCUUUCAGAAUUAAAUUUCAGAGAUAACGAUUUCGAUCAAGCAGAGAUGCAGAGCUCUCUUAGAUCUCUUCGUAAUAGUGCUGCUAAGAAAAGAGCAAAACUGAGUGGCAGUACUUCUGAUAUUGAAAGUCCUGAUUCUGCAAUGAAACUUGACUUGACCUUGGACUCUCCAUCUCGAUCUUCCUCUCCAAACAUCAGCUCUUACAGCGAAAGUGGAGUUUACAGCCAAGAAUCGUUGACUUCUUCCCUGUCGACAACUCCCCAGGGGAAGAGAACAAUAUCAGACAUAUUUCCAGCAUUUGGAUCAAAACCUUGCUCAACAAGAUUUUCUUCUGUGAAGAAUAAAAACUUUAAUAUUUCUGAGCAAAGCUUCAAUGCAGAGAUUAUAACAUCCAAUGUAAGCAUAAUUGGUCAACGUAUGAACUAUGGGUUUGGAUGUGGUGAUUUUGAAGAUGAUAGGUCACAUGACAUUUCAUCUAGUGCUUUAAAAAUACAAAAUAAGGAAUACCCAAGACAUUAUAAGCAUAAAAAAGGAUUUACAAAAUCAUCAAAUUUACAACAGAUUUCCAGUUUUGACUUCACAUCUACAAAUACUUUAUCAGAGGACUCUGUAGUAGUUGUUGGAAAAGGUGUAUUUGGAAGUUCAAAUUCAGCACCAGUAACUUGCAACCAACCUGUGAUACCUCCUGCAGAAAAUGGGGAUACGUUUUCAGUUAAACCAAGUAUUGACCCACCAACAGGGGUUUAUGGAAGAGCAGUUCAACACAGUAUUCCACCAUAUCUUGAUGUUGAAAAUGACAAAAAUACUAAAGUUUCCAUUUCAAAAUCUACUUAUGAAAAGAUGAGACAAAAAAGAAAAGAAGAAAAAGAUCUUUUUGAUGUUAAAGACUAUGAAAAGAAAGAGCAGAAUCCAUGGGAUCGAAUGAAACAUACUGAGAAAAUGACAUCAGAAAGUGAAGCAUCUACUGGAGUCAUUCCACAGUACAAAGAAAGGAUAACUUCCAUCACGCACAGUCCAGAAAUAAUAGAUUCCUUGGAACUACGGCCAUUUUCCAAACCAGAAAUAGCACUAACAGAAGCUUUAAGGCUAUUAUCUGAUGAAGAUUGGGAGAAGAAAAUUGAGGGACUAAAUUUUAUUAGAUGUUUAGCUGCUUUUCAUUCUGAAAUAUUGAACACAAAGUUGCAUGAAACAAGUUUUGCAGUAGUUCAAGAGGUGAAAAAUUUACGCUCUGGAGUUUCUCGUGCUGCUGUGGUCUGUUUAAGUGAUCUUUUCACUUACCUAAAAAAGAAUAUGGAUCAAGAACUAGAUACCACAGUAAAAGUUUUGUUACACAAAGCUGGAGAAUCAAACACCUUUAUAAGAGAAGAUGUUGACAAGGCAUUAAGAGCUAUGGUUAAUAAUGUAACUCCUGCACGUGCAGUCAUCUCUCUUAUCAAUGGAGGACAAAGCCAUUUACACAUUGCAGUACGAAGAUGUACAGCCCAGCAUUUAUCAGAUGUGGUAGAAUUUAUGGAACCUGAACGAAUUUUAUCUGGAACAAAGGAUAUGGCUGAACGUUUAUUACCAGCUGCUGCUAAAUUUGCUCAAGAUAGCUCACAAGAAACCAGGUAUUAUGGUCGGAAGAUGCUUUUCCUCAUGAUGUGUCAUCCUCACUUUGAAAAAUUGCUUGAAAAGUAUGUCCCAUCAAAAGACUUGCCAUAUAUGAAAGAGUCUGUUAAAAACUUGCGGCAAAAGGGUUUGGGAGACUUACCACUAGAUACUCCAUCAGCAAAAGGAAGAAGAUCUCAUACAGGCAGUGUUGGAAACACAAGAUCUUCAUCUGUUUCUAGAGAGUCUUUCAAUUCAGCUGAAAGAGAAGUAACUGAAGUUCGUGAAGUCCCCAGAAAAUCAGUUCCUCGCAAUUCCUUAGAAAGUGCUGAAUACGUUAAAGUCAUUACAGGUUUAUUAAGUGCAAAAGAUUUUCGUGAUCGUAUUAAUGGGAUUAAGCAGCUUUUAUCAGAUACUGAAAAUAAUCAAGAGCUUGUUGUUGGAAACAUUGUAAAGAUCUUUGAUGCUUUUAAAUCUCGACUUCAUGAUUCUAAUAGUAAAGUAAAUCUGGUGGCUCUAGAAACAAUGCAUAAAAUGAUUCCUUUACUUAGAGACAACCUAUCUCCUAUAAUCAACAUGCUAAUUCCAGCAAUAGUGGAUAACAAUCUGAAUUCUAAGAAUCCAGGCAUCUAUGCUGCUGCUACAAAUGUUAUUCAAGCAUUGAGUCAACAUGUAGACAAUUACUUACUUCUACAGCCAUUUUGCACAAAAGCUCAAUUUUUAAAUGGGAAAGCAAAGCAAGAUAUGACAGAAAAACUUGCUGAUAUUGUUAUGGAACUUUAUCAAAGGAAGCCUCAUGCCACAGAACAGAAAGUGUUGGUGGUUUUAUGGCAUCUCUUAGGGAACAUGACAAACAGUGGCUCUCUUCCUGGAGCAGGAGGAAACAUACGAGCAGCCACAGCUAAGCUAUCAAAAGCACUUUUUGCCCAGAUGGGUCAGAAUCUAUUAAAUCAGGCUGCAUCUCAACCACCACAUAUCAGAAAGAGUUUAGAGGAAUUGCUCGAAUUGACCAUUUUACAUGAAUUAUGAAUCUUUGAUGAAAUAUGGUAUAAUGAACACAACAGUUUACAUGAUAACAAAUGAAACUUUUUUGAAAAGUUACAUUUUGAGUGCCUGCACUUCACAUCUAGUAAAUUAAGUUAAUGGCUAUUUGUAUUUGCAGCUGGCGAGUGAGUACACGUGUCUAACAAGAGCCCUACCAACCUGUACCUAUCACACAAAACUCCUGAUAAUUAAUAGAACCUAAUAGUCAUGAAAUACGAGGCACAUGGAAUUAGUCCAAUUUUAAUAUUUUUUGAGAAGAGUCCUCCUCAUUUGCACUAUUCUAUAGAAACAAUUUAUUGUCCUAUAUGUACAAUUAGAUUUGUAAUUAAAAAUAUACUUUUUAUUAUGUAAUCAUGUUCUGUUAUGUCUCAUUACUCAGCCUUGUUUUAUGAAGUGGAAGAAAAGUCAUUGAACUAUGUUAUCACAAACUAAAUUUUGUGUACUAUUUGUGAAUAACAUGUAUUUCUGAAUCAGUCCGCUAAUAUGAUUAUGCAGUAUUAGCUUGCUAUGGCUGCUACGUUCAUGUGAUAUAUUUGCUAACCUUUUAGGUUUAAUCAUCUGCAUAAUUGUGAAAUUUAACAAGUUAUAAUAAAGCAUGAUGACCAAAGUUUUAGAAAGCAUUAAACAUUUAAAUACACGUUUAAAAAAACGUGUUGAAUGUAACUUUUCCUAUUUUUGUGUACAAACACUAAAUUUUAUUUCUGUAUGUCCUGACAUUUAUAAAGGUGUUAUUUUGCUGCCCAGUUGUGUAAUUCUCAAAAAUAGUGCCAGGUCUUCUAUAGUUUUUCUCAGAAUACUUGGGCUUACAAGUACUGUAUGCAUCUUAAAGAAGAAAAGGAAUGUUAUAAAAUAAAAGGAUUUAUUUCUGUA